AUGAAAGUAUUUUCAAAGCCUAAAACAGUAACUCCUAAUGAGAAUGCAAUAUACAAGUUGGAUACCGUUCGGGAUGAAGAUUGGGAUCUUCUGACUUGGAUUUCUUCUCAGAUGGUCUGGGAAAUUUACGUACAUUUGUUUAUUGUAAUCUGGAAUACUAUACAAUUUGGAGAUGAUAGAAAAAGAGAUUUCAAUGAAGAGACAACUAUUAUGAUCAGCCAUGUUCGAAGGCUAAAUAAAAAUUUGUGUAUUGAUAGUCAUAAAACUAAAAAAUUUAUUAAGCAUCUUGAAAAUUAUCAAAAUUAUCGUGCUAAUGGAUAUUUAAUUCAAAAAAAAAAACUUGUAAAUUUGGUUUUUGGUGAACUUGUAGCACGUGGGUUAAAGAAUCGAUCAGGUUUCUGUCAACAACUGGAAGGAUUGCCAAUGAAGCAUAAAGGAAAACUUCGAACUAUAGUUCUUGAACGGAUGAAAACAUUGGUUGAUAUAUCUCAACCUAACAAUAAAUCGCCUAUGCUUUCAGGGACAGAUGAUAGUGGUAACCUAGGAAGUAAGCUGGAUGUUUUGCAAAAUGAAAAGGAUAUUCUCUCAGAGCAAAUUAUGGAAUUGCAAAAAGAGAAUUCAAAAUAUCAAGCAGCGCAUGGUAAUUUGACCAACCUUGGUUUUAGUGAUAACAUUGUUAAGUUAGAUAAAGAUAUUAAAAAUUUACAAGAUUUACUUGAAGAGUUUACAUUUGUUUCUGGUCCCGAAUAUGAAGUCGACGAUGCCAAAUGUCAUGAACUUUUGUCAUAUUACAAGUGUGAUGUUGAAGUUGAGAGUCAACUUAGAAAACAAGUUUUAUCCGCAGCACUCCAACGGCUGAUUAUUGAAACAGUUAUUACUGAAGCAGAAAAUUAUUUUGACACAAAUAGUACUACUGAGGCUAGUUUAGUGACUGCGACAAAUAAAUUAGUGAAUAUGACAAAUUCAUUCACAAAUGAAUAUGCUGAAAAAGAUGAAAUUGCUAAAGUUAUUCCGACUAAAAUUCGUCAACAAGUCUUUGGCAUGCUCGGAUGUUACGCAUUUUCAAACAAUGAUCAUCCGUUACUUAUGAAAAUUUCAGAAAUAAUUCUUGAAAAGUUGAAUCAAUAUCGAAAAAUUAUUGAGAGUGGUGAUGAUGAUAAUGAAAUUAUACCAAUAAUUCGUAAAGUUAUUCAACUCUUUUUCUACCAACUUAAAGUUCAUCCAAUUAUUCCAACAUAUAAAUUUUACGAUAGUGGUGAAGAAAUGAAUUCCUUGUUUAUGGAAAGUGCAGGUACAAAGUCUAAAGAUUUGAAAAAGUUAGAAGUAGAAAUUUGUUAUUUUCCUGUAAUUGCAAUUUUAGAUCCCGUUGAUGAUAAAUCAUACAAUGUUUUCUCCAAGGCUCUGAUAAUUCCCAGGUCUAAAAGUAACAAUAAUUCAUUAGAAUAG